GGGUGGACCCCGCUCCGGCUCCGCCCCGUUCCCGCACCCGCCCCUCCCCCGUAGCGUCCCGCAGCCCAGCUACCGCGCCGCAGAGUCAGGAUCUCUAGGCAUAGGCUUGUGCAGAUCCGGGUGGAGAGAUUGGACUUCGUAUUGGAAACAGCAUCCCUGCAGUCUGGGACCUGGCGGAGGGCGUUCCCACCACUGGGGGAGCAGUGGACCCGGCCUGACCUAGCCCGGCCCCACCUAGUCCAGUCAGGCCUGAGUACCCCACCCAGGAGCCGGCUCUGAGGCUGGGGCCACUGGGGUCCGGCAGCCCGGCAGCCAUGGACAAGAUCCUGGAGGCGGUGGUGACGUCUUCUUACCCAGCGAGCGUGAAGCAAGGGCUGGUGCGGCGCGUGCUGGAGGCGGCGCGGCAGCCGCUGGAGCGUGAGCAGUGUCUGGCGCUGCUGGCACUGGGCGCGCGCCUCUACGUGGGUGGCACUGACGAGCUACCGCGCCGUGUGGGCUGCCAGCUGCUGCACGUGGCCGGCCGCCACCACCCCGACGUCUUCGCUGAGUUCUUCAGCGCGCGCCGCGUGCUGCGCCUGCUGCAGGGUGGCGCCGGCCCGCCGGGCGCCCGCGCGCUCGCCUGCGUGCAGCUAGGAUUGCAGCUGUUGCCCGAGGGACCCGCGGCCGACGAGGUGUUCGCUCUGCUGCGGCGUGAGGUGCUGCGCGCCGUGUGUGAGCGCACGGGACCCGCGUCUUGCGCUCAGGUGGCGCGGCUGUUGGCGCGGCAUCCGCGCUGCGUGCCCGACGGCCCGCACCGCCUGCUCUUCUGCCAGCAGCUGGUGCGAUGCCUUGGCCGCUUCCGCUGCCCGGCAGAGGGCGAGGAGGGCGCCGUGGAGUUCCUGGAGCAGGCUCAGCAGGUGAGCGGGCUCCUGGCGCAGCUGUGGCGCGCGCAACCCGCAGCCAUCCUGCCCUGCCUCAAGGAGCUGUUCGCCGUCAUCUCUUGCACAGAGGAGGAGCCACCGUCCAGUGCCUUGGCCAGUGUGGUCCAACAUCUCCCACUGGAGCUCAUGGAUGGCGUCGUCCGGAACCUCAGCAAUGAUGACAGUGUGACAGACUCCCAGAUGCUGACUGCCAUUAGCAGGAUGAUCGACUGGGUGUCCUGGCCCCUGGGGAAGAACAUUGACAAGUGGAUCAUUGCACUCCUGAAGGGCCUGGCUGCUGUUAAGAAGUUCAGCAUCUUGAUCGAGGUUUCGCUCGCCAAAAUUGAGAAGGUCUUCUCUAAGCUGCUGUACCCCAUUGUCCGGGGAGCCGCCUUGUCCGUCCUGAAGUACAUGCUCCUGACUUUCCAGCACUCCCAUGAGGCCUUCCACCUGCUCCUUCCUCACAUCCCCCCCAUGGUGGCCUCUCUGGUCAAGGAGGACUCAAACUCGGGGACUAGCUGCCUGGAGCAGCUGGCGGAGCUGGUCCACUGCAUGGUGUUCCGGUUCCCAGGCUUUCCAGAUCUGUACGAGCCCAUCAUGGAGGCCAUCAAGGACCUUCAUGUUCCCAAUGAAGAUCGCAUCAAGCAGCUGCUGGGGCAGGAUGCCUGGACCUCGCAGAAGAGUGAGCUGGCUGGCUUCUACCCCCGGCUCAUGGCCAAGUCAGACACGGGCAAGAUUGGUUUAAUCAAUCUGGGCAAUACAUGCUACGUAAACAGCAUCCUUCAGGCCUUGUUCAUGGCUUCUGACUUCAGACACUGUGUGCUCCGUUUGACUGAGAACAACUCACAACCCUUGAUGACCAAGUUGCAGUGGCUCUUUGGCUUCCUGGAGCACAGCCAGCGGCCUGCCAUUUCCCCAGAGAACUUCCUCUCUGCUUCUUGGACACCCUGGUUCAGCCCUGGCACCCAGCAGGACUGCUCGGAGUAUCUGAAGUACCUGCUGGACCGGCUACAUGAAGAGGAGAAAACGGGGGCAAGGAUCUGCCAAAAGCUCAAGCAGUCCAGCUCGCCCUCCCCACCUGAGGACCCCCCCAGUCCAAGUUCAACCUCUGUGGAGAAAAUGUUUGGAGGCAAGAUCGUGACUCGGAUAUGCUGCCUCUGCUGCCUCAAUGUCUCCUCCCGGGAGGAGGCCUUCACGGACCUGUCCCUCGCCUUUCCUCCCGCUGAGCGCUGUCGCCGCCGCCGCCUGGGCUCAGUGAUGCUCCCUGCAGAGGACGUCAGGGCCUGGGACCUCCCAGCACCAUCCCAAUCCCAGAGUCCAAGCAGGGAGGGUCCUCGGAGGCAAAGGAAGCACUGCAUCACAGGGGAUGCGCCCCCCACCUUGUUGGACAUAGAAGGCCUGGGCUCCCAGGAGCCAGGGGGACAGGGCAGCCAGGAGGAGAAGGUGGAGAGGGAGAAGGAAGUGACAGAAGAGAGGGCAGAGGAGGAGGAUAAAGAAGUGGGAAAGGAAGAGAAAGAGGAGAGGAUGAGGGAGGAGAAAGAGAAGGUGGAGAAGGAGAAGGAAAAGGAGGCAGAGAAUGAAAAGGAAAAGGAAGAGGAUGGCCUGGGACCAGGGUCCCCUAGGGAUGCAGCUGCCCCCUCUGGGGAGCAGGUGUGUGUCCCUGAGGGCUCCCGCUCCGUCCUGGACCUGGUCAACUACUUCCUGUCUCCUGAAAGGCUGACAGCAGAGAACCGCUACUACUGCGAGUCAUGUGCCUCCCUGCAGGAUGCUGAGAAGGUGGUGGAGCUGAGCCAAGGGCCGCGCUACCUCAUCCUGACCCUGCUGCGCUUCUCCUUUGACUUGCGGACCAUGCGGCGCCGCAAGAUUCUGGACGACGUCUCCAUACCCCUGCUGCUCCGCCUGCCGCUGGCUGGUAGCCAGGCCCAGGCCUAUGACCUUUGCAGCGUCAUCGUGCACUCUGGCGUGUCCUCAGAAAGCGGUCACUACUACUGCUAUGCCCGCGAGGGGGCUGCCCGCCCACCCCCUUCUCUGGGAACUGCCGACAGACCAGAGCUGGAGAACCAGUGGUACCUGUUCAACGACACUCGGGUGUCCUUCUCCUCCUUCGAGUCUGUCAGUAAUGUCACCUCCUUCUUCCCCAAGGACACGGCCUAUGUGCUUUUUUAUCGGCAGCGGCCUGGGGGAGGGGCCGAGGCUGAGCCUGGCUCCCCCAGAAUCCGGGCGGAGCCCAGCCUGCACAAGGACUUGAUGGAAGCCAUUUCCAAGGACAACAUCCUUUACUUGCAGAUUUGUGACUUUAUGUAAAAAGAGACAAUAUUUGACAUGGAGAUGGACACCAUGACUACUCUCUGCUGCUCCUGGAACAGGGUCUGGGGAACCUACAGUGGAGGAAGGUAAAUGCCACGAGGCUCUGAAGCUUCAAUUCUGUACACUAAGAUUUGAAUUCCCUGCUGGCCAGACAAUGGGGUCUUAUCUCUGCCUGGUAACCAUCCUCUUCUCUUUGAAUCUAUGCCCUUGACCCCAGAGUGCAGAGUGAGGUAGUGGAAGACCUGAAACUUGAACCAGCACUUCUUCCUGGUCUAAAUGUAGGAGGCACAGAUCUAACUUUAUUGAACACCUGAUGUGUGCCAGAGUCAAUGUCCAGCAUACUGCUCUAAACAGUUCUGGGGGUGGGAAUCACUAUUCCUGUUACACAGACAAGUAAACUGAGGUUCAGAGAAUUUAAAUCAUAUGCCCCAAAUCACACAUCUAGGAAAUGCUGGAUAAGGAUGUCAACCCACAUCUUCCAGACUUUCUUGAAAGCUCAAGCUCAAGAUCAUGGUGUGUCUCUUAGUAGACCACUUUCUCAGUUUUUUACUGCCCAGCUCUAAGUCUAAUACUAAUCCCUUGCCCUUGUACAGAAAUACAAACAUUACAAAACACUCUUAGAUUUAUUAUCUAUGUCCUUCAAUGCCUUGGGGAGAGAAGAAUUAUACUUUCCAUUUCCUAGAUAAAGAAACAAGAUUCAAGGAUAUUAAAUGAUUUGUCUACAAGGACAUGUUGGCAGGUGGCAGAGUGGAACCUGAACCUGUCCUGUUCUUCCAUUUCCUGCACUCCUGCUCACCAAGGGUCUUCUAGCAUUCAGUCCCUAGGGGGCUAGACCAUUGGGAUGAAUUUGGGAAAUGUUUUCGUGUGUUUGGGGGGUGGUGGUGGUUUAGGCCCCAGAAGCUACCACUUCCUUAUAGAAAAAGUCUAGGAUCCACAUCAUUCCUAAACAAAUGCAAAUAAUCCCUGGCCAUGUUCCAGAGUUGGGAAAGGGGAAAGGGUAGACUUACCUUUCCGGUCAGGUUUGAGAUUGCGGUUGACAGGGGGUGGCUGGAUCUCACUUCCUCGGCUGGGGCCUCGAUGCUUAGGAAGGGCUGUGGAGGAGUAGCUGAGUGGGUCACAGUGAUGGGGCCCUGGGCUCAUGGGGAUGUAGACACUCUGGGAAUUAUCGCUGGCUCGCUCCAUGGCCAUCAGGGAGGAAGAACCUGGGUUCAUGGGUACAUAGUUGUCUUCAGAAUUGGUGCUAUCCGAUCGGCCCACAACUGCUUUCCCUGGCUAGGGAGAGGGAGAGUGAAAGAAAUACAGCUGUUACUAGUCAGAAGAAAUGAGAAGGGGGGAGGUUUUAUAUAUAAGGCAAUAAAUGUCAUGACUAAGUUAGCUGCACUGGGAAGAUUUAAGGUAGAAGUUGGGAAGUCCAAAUAAGAAAGUUGAGUGGGGGAACAGAAAGAAAUGAGGACAGUGGGUCCUUUCUAGCUUCCAUGAUACCUUUGGAUCCACUUAUAAGUUAUGAUAAAUCUGUGGUAUAAAAUAUCUUUGGUGACUAGGUCUACUAAGGUUUCUGGGUGCCUGACCCAGGAGAGGGUACCACAGGCUAUGCGCUGCAUAGUUUUGGCUCAGGGCCCACCCUCUACCUCAAGUCUAGGGUCACCACUGAAAGAUCAGGCUCUCGGCCUUGAAAAGGGCAAGGAGCAUAUUAGAAGUCUUGGCAAUGGCAGGUGAGAUCUGGGGCCAGUUGUGCUUCUAGUCUAGCUUUCAGGUGUCCACAAGGCUGCAGUGAGAGCUGCCAUAGAUACGUGCAAUGCAGCAAUCCUUCCUCCAACUCCUUCUCUGUCCCCUGAAGGAGCUGUCCUUCUUUGGCCUUGGUUACCUAAUUUUCCUAGUCUUUCCAGUGGGCCUGGAACCAGUCCCUGGUCAGGUUGGCCAGGGCCUGACACCUGGAAAAACUGUGGUCAGUCUCCUCAACAGGACAGCCUGGGAUCCUGCACCCAAACCAUGACUGUGCUGCCCAGGCUGACUUUGAGUACAGCCCCUACCUGAAGUCUCAUACCACAGCAUCCUUCCUCCAGGUGAGACCUCAUGGGUAGGGAUGUUGCCUUAGAAGAUGCAUCAUCCCAGAGUCUGGGUUCUCUACAGUCUAGGUCCCCUCUGCUUAACCACAUGCUUGGUAAGCCUUUGCUCAGUCUUUCUAAGUAUACACAUUUCCUCCAGACUAGGACACUUGUAUCUUGUCCAAAAAUUCAAUCCAGGAUUAAGAACUGACACAAGAACCUAGGCAGGGUUCCAAGAGGGAGACGCCAUCACUCUUUUGGGGCUGUGCUUUUAGUUACAUGUGUUGUGAUCUUUAACCCACAUGAGCUGGCUAAACCCCACUCACCAGGAAAGAAUUAACUCCAUCACUCAUGGACUCUGCAGACCGGCCUGCACUCUCUCCAACGUGCUGCGGAUACUCGUAGGUAUCACAGGAAGAGGCUGUGAUAGAGGAAGGAAGAUCCAUAUGCACUCACAGUCGAUUCAAGUGUUGACACUUCUCCAUACCCUCACCAGUGUUAUUCAGGGUCUUACUAACACUGUAGAAGACACUAUUCUCAAGCUCAAGUGAUCAGGUUUUGCUUCUAUCACAUCAUUCCUCCAUUCAAAAACUUCCUAGGCUUCCAGAGCUCAGUCCGGUUUUAGCAUCUAUAGAGAAUCCCUCCUUGACUCCUUCUGCCCUCAUUUAUGUAACUCUCCUUUAACUCCUAUAGCAUUUACCAUUUGCCCCAAUCACUACAGCUAUCAUUUAAUAAUAAUACUUACAGUAAUAAUAAUAUUUACACUAAUUUAUGACUGCUGGUUUUAUCUCCCCAACAAGGUGUGAGCUCCCUAAAGGGCAAGGACAUGUCUUAUAUAUACCUCUAUCAUCCUAGUUCCAAAGCACAGGGCACUUGCUCAAACUGCUGAUAGAGUGAAAUACUGUGCAAAGAGUACUGAACCAGAAGUCAGGACAUGAGGAUCAGAGUCCCAUCUCUGCCACUGACUGAUUUUGCAACCCUGAAUAAGUCUCUUACCUACCACGAGCCUCAUGUGAAAUGGAGACAAUAAUACUUUUCCGACCAAACUCUCAGGAUCACCAUAUGGCUCAAACAACAGGAUGGAUAAGAAAAGGCUUUGCAAAAUAUAAAGCAAUAUGCAAAAUGAAAGGAAUUAAUAUUAUUUUAGGUUUUCAUCUAACAAAGGAGGUUAUAUGAAGAGUUGGAAUACUGUCAGUGGAAAAUAAAUGACAAUAGAAUUGAGAUACUUCAAAAAGAAGUUCAGACUUCAACCAGAGACCAAAGUGUGGCCUAGAAAAUAUUCUUAAGACUAUUGUUUUAAUAGUCUGCUAGUCCACAUAGGUUUGGCCCUAAUUUAGACAGGUCUUCUAAAUUUAUUUCUUAAAUCUUUGGUUUGAUUUAUAAAUGAAUAAAAUAUUAUGAUUUGGACUUCCAAACCCAUGGAAUGUUGCAUUGUGGUUAACCAAGAAUUUUCUAUCACCCUUAGUAGAAUAUCAAGUUCUCCAAAGCAGGGUUGCUAUACUCUGUUCUUGAAAGACUACCUUGUAAUAUCUGGAUAGAAGGAGCCUAAACCUAUGUCUCUCUGACCUGGGGGGUCCUUUAAGUUUGCCUCGGCCAUGGAUGACUGAGGAUUAGCAACUACUGAGAACCCCUGUGUUACCUCCCUCUCCCUCUGGAUUCUCAGCUAGGGCAUAAACUGACCUCGGUGAAGUCGGCUGUUGUCCAUUGCAGGGAGGGUAUUGCGCCUGGGAAUGGUGGCCGCAACAGAGACUGAUCUGCUGUUCUCACUGACUGGAGGUCUCUGCUGAGGGCUGCCCCAUCGAGGUGUUUCUGCCUGACUUGGCUUGGGAGGCCGGGGUGGGGGAGCUAUGGCUGAGUCCCCAGGAGUGGCCACCGCCAUGGCGUUGUGGUUCUUGUCCAGGGUGAAUGUCCUAGGGAUCUGGUAGGCUGAGAGUGGGGUGGAUGGAACGUCCAUGUUGUCCA